GUGUCGAAAGUGCGUAACACACACGUGUCUUCCCGCUGGACAGUACUGUGCACAUUAUUUCUGUUUUUCUGAAUCGAAACGCCAGUUUAAGCUCUGGUAACGUAAAUAUUUUCACACCCGGCAUGCCCAACGCAACAAGGCGCGCGUCAUCAUUCCGGUUCGCCAUGGCGUCGAAGCGCACGCAGGACUCCGGUGACGCGUCAAGUAUGGACAAAUCCGAAGAUAAACCUGUCAAAGUUGACAAGUGGGACGGAUCCGCUGUGCGCAACGCCUUGGACGACGCCGUAAAGAAAGUAAUGACCGAAAAAUUCAAGUACGUGGAGAGCCACCGGCUAGCAGACGGCAGACUUGCCAUCUGCACCAUUGCUGUCGGUGCUGCCAUGUUUGCACUGGUUUGGGAUUACUUUUUCCCUUUUCCCGAAUCUAAGCCCGUGCUUAUACUUUGUGUGCUGUCAUACUUCGUCCUCAUGGGCGUGCUGACAUUAUACACUACAUUCCUCGAGAAAGGCAUUUUCUUGGUGGCGAUACAAAAGGACCCAACCGGUAUCGACCCCGACAGUGUAUGGACUGUGAGCUCCUGUCUCAAGCGUUAUGACGAUAUGUACCACCUGCUAAUGCAAUAUAAGGAUGGCAAGACAAAGAAGACGCGUGAGACGACAUUGGAGAAGUCCAUCGCCAGCUGGUUCGACGAGAAAGGACAACUCCUCUUCGACCUGUUUGAUCCAGAAGUUACAAAGCUCCACAACAAAUUGUUAAGCGAUAAAAAGGAGAAAUGAACUUGUAUCACGGUUUUGUACACCUAAGUUAUGGGUUAACGGUAAAUAAACGAAGUAACGUUGUCA